AUGGUUUACUUGUUACAGGAUCUGCUUGGCUUAUACGAUGCUACGGUAGCCACUACUAGUCACACGUCGUCUCACAUUCCUUCGAGUAAUGGUUUAUUUUCAUCUGCAAAUGCAGAUCCUGGACUUGCGACACAUCGCCGUAAAAGUGCUGGAGAAUGCAACCACACAUUUACAACAUCAGAUGAAGUUGAGCAAAUUAGGAAGUGCUCUCAUGAACGAAAAGUCCAUUUCGAUGAUGAGCAUCUUAUUUCUGGCUAUUUUGAAGCCUCAGCUCCGAAGUUUUCUUCUAUGGAUGCUAAAAGUGAAGGUGGUAGCGGUGAACUCGAUGUAGAUGGUAUGUUAUCGAGUUAUCGCCGAGCAUGCCAAAACUUAGGAAUAGCUACGAUAACAUCAGUGGAACGUCAAAUAGAAGCAGCCAUCGCGCUGAGCGAGAUGCUCGAGUUUUACGAAUCCGCUCACAAGUUGAAUCUUUCUUUCAAUAAACAGAUUACGGGUUCGAGGAUGGACAGAUGUGUUCAAACCGUGAAAAAUAAGUCGUUAUCAGCUCUAUGUCGUGUACUUCGAGGGCAACCUCAACCAGUACUGGGUGUUCUUCAUUGUGAAAAUGUGAACUUAUAUGGAAAGAAUCUUUACACUUUGUUUGUGCUUGAAAUUCAACACUGUGCUCAAGGACAUGGCGUUGCUAAGAUUUGCGAAGCGUUGCGUAAUCCGGAAGUGGUGAAAAAACUUCACUCACGCUCUCGUCCUCGUGGAACACAAAAUUACAGCCACUGGUGUGAAAACUGUCAUUUGGAAACGCUCAACAUUGGAAGCAAUCCACUUGGUGAGAUGGGCGUGCAGAGGUUGAGGCCUGCCCUUGGAGGAAACGGCAGUGCAAUACUCCUGGCCGAAUGUCUUGCAGACAAUUCCACAUUAAUUCGCGUAGAUCUUCGCGAUAAUCCUGGAAUAGGGUCUGCUGGGCUGUUAGCACUCCACUCUGCUAUGAAAAUAAACCGUUCAAUUUCAUUGCUGAACUUGGACCAAAGCUGUGUUGUUGCUUCAAACGCCAAAGAAGAUUUUCGGCGCUACUAUGAGGACAUAAAGCGGUAUUGUGAACGGAACAAAGGCGCUGAUCAACAGAAGACUGAGAGCGGGAAAGUUGAUGUGAGUGUCUCAAAAUCAACGGCAAAUGAAGAACUCAGCCAGGAAACUGUGGUGAAACAAGAGCAAGAAGUAAAACCAGCUGAUAUUAUAAUUACUGAAGCCGAUCUCUCGCCGUCGCACUGUCAGCUUUUGCCCAUGUCUUCAAGUGGAGCAGCCUCUACAGGGGUGAAGGGAAAAUUCAUGCGCAGUUCGUCUUUGACGUGCACGGAAACCGUGGCUGAUAUCCACGAACGUCUACGAGUACUUGGAGGCUCAACGCAUUCUUUGGAUGAGACUAAUGUAGAUUCCACAAAAACGAUCAAGAAAUGUUCAUCCUCUUCUCAUAAUUCGCUUGGAUUAGCUGAAUGGGGAUCGUUACCUGCAAUUCCGCAAGCCAACAUGGCUGCGAAGCCAGUUGUGCGGAAGCUCCGUCGCUUUUCUGUUUCUCCAUCUUCGUCGACAUUCGAUGUAUCAAAAGCUCCGCAAACAUCUAGUGCUAAUAAUCAAGAACUUCCUCGUCCGAAGACCUUGACCAUAGGUAUCUCAGGAACUGGUGAGCUCAGUGAAGGCCCACUCUCAUUACCAAUAAUGCGUCCGGCUCUUCCUGAUUCGGUGGAUUCGUGGUCAACCUAUUCAGAGAAGGAGCGCGAUGGUAAGAUUUUCGCCGAAGAAAGUGCCACUUCUACAAGCCGGUCAAACUCUGCUUUCGAUGAUGAGCAUCGGACUCGGGACUCUGCAGCAGAGUCAGCAAAAUCAUCUGAUGGAACAUCGCGUUCCAGUAUAGACAGUACAAAUGGGAAUACGGAUGAAAGCUCUUCUCAAAAUUCCCAAACUAUCCUGAAUCCUGAAGAACUGAUGAGGGAUGUACGUAUAGUGAUUGGUGAUCUUGUCAACUACGUGGUUUAUGAAGAGACGUCGCGCAUCGAGCGGAAGCGUUCGCUUCUCUUACAGACCACUUCUUUUCCAGCCGGAGAGCUCAUUUCUUCCCAAGGUGGUUUUCUAGAAGAAUUGACUCCAACUAAAACCUGCACAACACCAUCCAGAAUGGUAAAUAUUGCCGAAGAAGUGACGGAGGAAUCAGAACAAUUGAUUGUAUCUGGCGUGGUUCGUGGCAUGGUGCGGGAGGUUUUGCGACGAGAGAAAGAAGAACUGCGAAGUACUUUGGACAGGCGACGGAAACGUUCCGUUGUCCCCUCGAACACACCUGUCUAG